GUGAGACCUUUAUUUUGAAAGAUUAGUUGGCGCCCACUUCACGGUACUGUCGCCAACACUACCCACCACAGUGCUAAGGAAGUUUGCACAAAACAUGAUGGCAACCAACUGCUGAGUGAUCAAAUAAUUGUUUGGAAGUUUUCUUUGAAGGUUCGUGAAAACGUAAAAGGCGUCAAAGCGUUGAAGUUGUAAAGCAAUCGUUAUGAAAGGAUCAUGUUCAUGUAAUUUUUAAAUAUCGUUACUGUAACUAACACUGUUUAACCAAACAACAGCAGUAAGGUGUGAGUUUUUGUAGUAAUGGGGUGCAGUAACUUACGCUAGUAGGUUAUAGCUAUAAAGCUAGCCUAUCUAGCUAGAUAUUUAUUUUAUGUCGUGUCGCAACAAUUAGAGCUAACGCUACUUGUUUUGAGCGUGUUGAGUUAUCCUGAAACCUACACCAAUUUAUUUUCUCAGUACAAGAAGUCCAAGUAGGGGGCUUUUCUGAAUUCAGAGAAGGCUUCAGCAGCAGUGACUCAAAAGAUGAGAAGAUCCAGUAGAGUAGGUGAUGAGUCCACUGUUCGGCAGAACGGUGUAGCUGGGCGAAGCAGAGCCGAGCGGGGGGAUGCAGCUGAUGACGAAGAGGCAGGCAGCAGCCCGGUUGACAUGCAAGAUGAUGAGGACAACGACCCAGCUAGGAGAAGGGAGAUCCGGAGCAAGUACAGGGAUCUCAUCAACUCGGUUCAGCAGAACAGAGAAGACAUGCUUAGCCCUACCAACAAUAAACUCACAGACGUUUUGGAGGAGGCCAACAAACUGUUUGCAGAAGUACGACAAGCCCGGGAGGCAGCUUUAGAUGCCCAACUCCUGGUCCUUGCUACAGACCUAGGUAAAGAGAAGGCCAGCCAGCUCCAUGCAGAGGGCUCAGCCUUUGACCCAUCAGCCUUCGCAGAGCACCUGCUGUCCUUCAUGGGCCUUAACCGGUUGGAAAAUGAGGAGAAUGUGGAAGAAGAAUCGGCAACGACAAAUGGCUACCUGCCCCCGGACGCCUGGCAGAGGGUGGCCAAGAGAGCGGAGUGUUGCUUCAGGACUGCCCCAUCAUUCCACUACAUGAUGGGCUCUUUCUUGGCUGUUCCCCCACCUCCAAGGCAGCGCGCUGAGCGCCAGAGGAAGGCGCCCUCAAAGGAGGCCAAGCGUAUCAUGCCCACUCAGUUGAAGAAAAUGGAGGAAUCCCAUCAGGAAGCAACAGAGAAAGAGGUAGAGAGGAUCCUGAGCUAUCUGAGAAGCUACUUUGCUGAUGACCCCACAUCUCCUAUCUCCUAUUAUGAAUUUGUGAUUGAUCCCACUUCUUUCUCACGGACGGUGGAGAACAUGUUCCACACAUCAUUCCUGAUCAGGGAUGGUUUGGCCAGGAUGUAUUUGGAUAGUGACAAGCUGCCUUGUAUAGCCCCUGUGGAGGAAGGAGAGGUGGAGGCUGGUGGGGUGUCCAGUCGUCAGCAGUGUGUCAUUUCCAUCAGCCCCAAAAGCUGGAAGGAGCUCAUUGAUGCAUUCGACAUAACAGAGCCGUUGAUCCAAGCCUCAAACACACAACCGGAGUGAUGCAGGAUUAAGUCCUUUUAAAGAUAUUACAUGUUUUAUAAACUUCCAGGGAUGAUGUAAAUAUACUGUUUUAGAGAUUUCCAGUUCGUAAAUGCUUUUGAUUUAAUAAAAAAAAAAAAUGAAAACCCAAGUCUGAUGGUGUGCUUGUUUUAUUGCAUUCUCCCAAAUUGCAUGUGGGAAUCAACAAUUCCGAUGCUUUCUGAAGCCAUUCUGCAGCUCUGCUGUCCCUGUAGUCAACUGCCCAG